CAGGUUAUAUGGAUUGAGAGCGUGGAAGUGGAGACAUGUCUAGAUCAAAACAAUAUAUUCUCAACUAUGGUAAAUUCAAACCUGGCAUUCUGUGCAAAGCGAUGGGUUAGCACAUUUCUACAGAGGUUGAAGCGAAGUGUUAGUUCAUUUACCAAUCUUAAGAUACAAGUGGACCACCAAGCUCAAGCUAUUAUGCUGAAAUUAACCGACCGCAUGGAGAUGAUCUUUUUUAAUUGUGUUAGUGAAGCUCCCAGUGGAUAUAGAUGGGAUAUUAUAUCAGACCAAGGGGUGAGGAUUUUGAGGGAUAAAGCUGUAUACAAUUCACAUGUGCUGGGUUAUAAUACUUAUGUUGGAUUGACUAGCUUCCGUGUGCCAGCAAAACCCCUUAGGGUUUUCAAUUUUCUGGUCAAAAGGAACCUUGAAUUGCUGUGGCCUAGUUUGUUAAAUGCCAAAGAACCUGAAGAAGUGAUUAAGCUUGUGGCAGAAGACAAUAACUGUAUUACUUUACAUAGGAAAGUAGUUCCUCAAAAUGAGUCCACAGAGUGUUAUGAAUACAUGUUACAAGAGGCUUCAAAAGAGGAAUUUUGUUCUUUUGUUAUCUCAUCGCCAAUAACUCAAUCAGAUAUUAAAGCUGCUUUUUCCUCUGCAAUGAUCACUAAAUACUUAAAACCAUCAGGUUUCGCAAUAAUGCCUGAUGGGUCAAAGGGCCUUGAGUCUGAUGCCUCUCUAGUGACUAUUGCUGUGCAACAAGAUCUUGAUGCUGCAGAAAAUGGUGGAGCCAUUGAAGCCAUGAAUAAUGUCAUCAUUGCUAUGAUUAAAGAGAUAAAUGAAGAAGUCAUGAGCGAUGGAAAAACACCAAGUCAAAGUUAGGACUCCAUCAAUCUUGAAACGAGGCAAAGUCGUUGUAUAGUUUUGAUGUGCUCAGUUUUGCAGUUCUUAUAGUCUCAAUUUUACAUCAUAAUACAUUGCU